CUGGUUCAAGUCCUAUAUAGCUAAGCUGGAUUUUCCAAUCUUUACACCUACGCUCGAUGAGCUAGCUCCAAUGGCAGAAACCACUCCCCUUCAGCUCGCCUGCUACACUUUACUCUGCGUCCUUGUCGUCACCAUAGUCCUCAAGCUCAAGCUCAAGAUCAGAGUCAGACCAGCCUCUGCCGGCCGUCUGAACCUGCCUCCGGGCCCAUGGGCGCUGCCGGUGAUCGGCCACAUGCACUUCCUGCUGGGCGCCCUGCCGCACCAGGCCAUGCGCAGUCUCGCCCGGCGGCAUGGCCCCGUCAUGCUCCUACGCCUCGGCCACGUCCCGACGCUGGUGCUCUCCUCCGAGGAGGCGGCAAGGGAGGUGAUGAAGGUCCACGACGCCGCCUUCGCCAACCGGCCCGUGUACGCCACCGCGGACGUCCUCACCUACGGCGGCCAGAACAUCUCCUUCGCGCGCCUCGACAGCCGGCACUGGAAGACCGCCCGGAAGCUGUGCACCGUGGAGCUGCUCAGCCCGAGGCGCGUCCGCUCCUUCCGCCCCAUCCGGGAGGGGGAGGCGGCGAGGCUCGUGAGGUCCGUCGGUGACGCCGGCGCCACCGUGAACGUCAGCGAGAGGGUGAAGGUGAUGAUGAACGACGUCAUCAUGAGGGUCUCCGUCGGCGACCGGUGCCAGCAGCGGGCGCUGUACCUGGAGGAGCUGGACAAGGGACUGGACGUCUUGUCUGGGUUCAACCUGACCGACUUGUUCCCGACGUCGCGCCUGGCACGGGUGCUUGGCGGCGGGUCCGUGAGGGCGGCAUGGGAGGUGCGCGAGAGGAUCCAGUCCAUCUUGGACGCCAUGGUCGAGGACCACAAGAGGGCGAUGGAGAGUGAGGAAGCCGCUGGCGCCGGCGCCGGCCAUGAGAACGAGGACAUCCUCACCACCCUACUGCGGUUCCAGAGGGACGGUGGGAUGGGCGGCAUCACCCUCACGAAUGAGAAUGUCAACGGCGUCUUGUUCGAUAUUUUCUCCGCCGGAUCAGAGACGACGGCGACGACCACCGUCUGGGCCAUGUCGGAGCUUAUCAGGAACCCACGGACAAUGGCCAUCGCACAGUCUGAAGUGCGGCGAGUGCUCCAAGGCAAGACCAAGGUGGCCGAGGCGGACAUCGACGGCCAGCUCCACUACCUCCAGAUGGUCAUCAAGGAGACAUUCAGGUUGCACCCUCCGGUGCCGUUGCUCCUCCCGAGGCUGUGCACGGAACAGAAAAAAAUCAUGGGUUACGACGUGCCUCCAGGCACCACCGUGUUCGCAAACGUGUGGGCCAUCGACAGGGACGAGAAGAGCUGGACCGACGCGAGCAAGUUCAAGCCGGAGAGGUUCGAGGUCCAGAAGGUGGACUAUGGUGGUACCAACUUCAGGUUCCUCCCUGGUGGCGCCGGUCGGAGGAUGUGCCCUGGUAUGAUGUUUGGUGUGUCCAACAUGGAGAUUGCUCUCGCGAGUCUUCUCUAUCACUUCGACUGGAGGCUCCCCGAUGGCGCGAGCCCGGAGAAGCUUGAUAUGACCGAGGCAUAUGGGAUCACGGCGCGUCGGAAGACUAACCUCUUGUUGGAAGCUACCGUUUUUGUGCCUUAGUAUGUUGGUUUACUAAUUGAUGUGUGCAUCUUUGGCUGCAGAGAUUGAGAGAGUGUACUUUUUCACUGUAUAUGUUACACUGUACUUUGUCGAAAUAUGUCAUUGUAUAUUAUAAUUUGUAUUAACUCAUUGAGUGUUAUUUAGUAAUUUUGUCGAUCUCUAUUUUAUCCA